AUGUUAGUCGUCUCCUAUAUAAUAGCCGACUUCCAUAAGAAAGACAAUGUGAUCUCAGAACCAAUCAAGGUCCACCCGGAUCAAUUGGAGGACUCUUUCGACCUGGAGACUGCUACUGCCAUUAUCUGGGUUACUGAAACCUUCAAGCCAGAGCAGACCAUAGCACAGCCUGCAGAACAGGACAAGGCGACUGGACUGCCAGCCACGAUUAGCCUUUGCGAGUGCCAUCAACGGUGCGAGCAAGGGGGACCUGGGCAUCGUGUUAGACUCGAAAGUCGCGGCGCAUCUCCAGGCGUUGCUUUCUGGCUCGGAAAACACAAUUGCGAGAUGGGCGACGAAUUUUUCUCUUCCUCCUCCCUCCAGACUCGCUCACUGGACAUGACCAGCAUCAUCUGUGGCGCCGAGAAUAUCCUUGUUGACGGUAUCGGUCGGGAGGGCUAUCCUAACUGGCUUGUCAUGAACCAAGGUCGUGUUCCGUCGACAAACGCGGAGCCUGUGGCAGGUCUGAAUGCUGUCGUGUAG